AUGGCUGGGAUGAGACUGGAUGUCAACAAAUCCAAUAAGGCUCCUUCCCCAUACACGCUCCUUCACAACGUUCAUCAGAGAGAAGAGCUGCGACCCUUCUUCGAUCUCCGUUCCAGACUUCCUAUCGCCGGCGCCGGCUACUGCUCCUUUAUAUGUGAGUGCAGUGUUGUUCAGAAUCAAAUGGCUUUACUAGGAGGGCAUUAUUUAAGUGGCCUUAAGGAAACAAGCAAAUGCUACACUAAUAAUUUUCCAUCAACACUGAUAAGACCAAGUUGCUUGCCUCGAAUGUGGACUAGUUUUGAUUUGUUUUACAAACAAAAAUCACAAAUCAAAAUUAGGUGUUCACUUUCGAGAGAGAAAGAGGCCCUAUCUCCACUUGAAUUCGAAGAUUCGGAUUCUUUGGAAGGAGAAGAAUUUAGCCAUGUUAUCAAGUUUAAAUUUUCUGAUUUUAAGAUCAGUGAUCGCGUUAGCAUUGGCUUGGGUGGACGGGGAGAUGAGGUUGUAUUUGAAGCGAUAAUCAAUGACACUGAUAGCCCAUUGCAUAAUACGAGAGUGGUGCUUCGGCGACUCACUAGUGCUCAAGCACAACGAAGAGGGAAACGCGCUAUGCAGGUGUUAAAGAAGCUUUGUCGCCGUAAAAUGAUGUACCAUUCAUAUUCAAUGCAAGUACAUGGUUACGUCUUCUCCCCAGAAACAACAACGGAGGAUGAGGGCUCUUUUACACUUGUUCAUGGGUAUCAUGGUGGUUUGUCUUUGAGGCACUGGCUUCGACAGACAGACUGGCUCCCAACAUUAGAAGCUACGCUUGCUUUAGACGAAGAAUCUGCGGUGAGAAGGGCGGGUGAUGAUACCGUAGGCGGCCCUGCGGUCUCUCGUCAGCUACGUGUUACUCGAAUUCUUAUGAGAGAUCUACUCAUUGGAGUAAACUACUUACAUAGUCAUGGACUUGCCCAUACAGAGUUGAGAUUGGAGAAUGUUCAUAUAAGUCCAGUCGAUAGACAUAUUAAAGUAGGAAUAUUGGGGAAUGCUGCUGACUUUUUUGAAAACAACAUGGAUAGACAACAAAUGAUGAUUGCAUUUGAUAUGAGAUGUCUUGGAUUCAUAAUGGCAAAAAUGGUAUUACGGGAACUUAUGGAUCCAGUAAUCUUCACAAAGUUCAAAGCAUUCCUCAACAAGCAUGCUUGA